CUUGGAAACUGUACCGGAUAAAAUCCUGACUCUGAAGACACGUCUUCUUAUGGCUUUAUCCUCCCUCAAGAGAGUUGGGGAUUUACAGGCUCUCUCUGUCUCACCCUCGUGCAUGGAAUUUGCACCGGGCUCUGUAAAGGUGCUGUUGCGACCGAGGCCUAAUUAUGUUCCUAAGGUCGCAUCUAAUCCCUUUCGCUUUCAGCAAGUGGUCCUGGAGGCUUUACCUCCUGCUGAGGUGGGGUCAGGAGAUCUAAGUCUUUGCCCUGUGAGAGCUUUAAAGGCUUAUUUGGAUCGUACAGCCCCAUGGGGUGAGUCUGACCACCUGUUUGUAUGUUUUGGACAUAAGAAUAAAGGCCAUGCUGUUACCAAACAGCGCAUGUCCCAUUGGCUGGUGGAGGCAAUAUCUUUAGCCUAUGAGGUGCGCGGACUCGCUUCGCCCUUAGGAGUUAAAGCUCAUUCCACUAGAGCUGUGGCUUCUUCUCAAGCUUUUCUCAGUGGAUCUUCUAUGGAUGAUAUCUGUGCUGCGGCAGGAUGGUCCUCACCGAGCACUUUUAUCAAGUCCUACAGUCUGGAUGUGAGGAUGGCUCCUGGCUCCCGGGUUCUCUCCGCUUGAGCAGAUGCUUCCUCAGAUCCCAGCUAUCAUGUACGUCAGGGGUUAUGGUAUAGCGUUCCCAUAGUGGUGACGUCACCGCAGCAUCGAAGUGACCUUUGAAAGGGAACAUCUCGGUUACCUAUGUACCAUGGUUCCCUGAAUAGGGAACGAGAUGCUGCGGUCCUGGCCGUGCCAUACCUUGAUAGCAUUCUUCUUCUUCAGUCAUGAAAUCUGAGCGAAAUGGCGCGCGGCACCCAGGUAUAUGAUGCAUGCGCAUAUGUAGGGUGGUGCCAUGCGCUGUUUGGCCAAUAGGAUUGGCGGGAUGGUAUAGGGCUUCAGACAUUCGUCACGCCGAAGGUGUUCCCAUAGUGGUGACGUCACUGCAGCAUCUCGUUCCCUAUUCAGGGAACGAUGGUUACAUACGUAACCGAGAUGUUUUAUAGCAUCAAAUAACUAGUUAAAAGCAAACUUGUUAAGAAAAACGAACACUUUCGUGUGCAUCUGCAUGAUAAGAACUACUUAAAUGUGGGAAGCUAUCUUUGGAAAACAUUUAUUUGAAGUGUAAUUUGAUUAUUUAGUUUGUCUCACGUCCUAUUAGAUUACAGAGGGUGGGGUUUAUGAUCUAUACUGAGACGCUAUGGCUCGUCCUGCACAGACAUGUUGACAGGAAGUUCAUUCCAGAACAUGUGGCCUCUAUGUUGAAUGUUGGCUUGUCUGCUGGGACUGUUACAAAACACAUUCCACUGAAAAGUUUGAGUCAGAGCUGCACAACUCCAAGUUAGAACCUACACGGAGAGAACUUUCUAAGAACUUUGCAAGAAAUUAUAACAGUAAUAUUCCGUUUACAAAGCCAGGGAUUAUAUUUCCGUGUGAAGAGAUCCCAAAGAAAAACAGCUAUAAAACAUCUGCAGGAUACCAACACUGAGCUCUUUGUCUUCUACCAUGAGUUCUGUGAGCGUUUCCCCAAUGAAAGCCUGUGAUGGCAGUAGUGAAAAAAUAGUAAUAAAUGUCGGUGGGGUUAAAUAUGAGACCCACACAAGCACCCUAAUGGCGCUUCCAGGGUCCCGUCUUGCCAAUCUGGUGGACACUAACAAGCCUCCCUCAGAACUAUUUUUUGAUCGCAACCCUGAAGUCUUCGGCCAUGUGCUGCAGUACUACAGGAGCGGGAAGCUGCACUGCCCCACCAACUUUUGUGGGCUACUGCUGGAGGAGGAGUUCGCUUUCUGGGGUGUUAGUGGCACAGAUGUGGAGCCCUGCUGCUGGGCGACAUUUCGACAGAACAAAGAUACUGUAGAGGCUUUGGCUCAGAUUGAACCUUCAGUGAUGGAGAAAGAGGAGGGACCAGGUCAAAACCACCAAUCCAGAAACUCCAGAGCUUGGAUGCAGAAGAUAUGGGCCCUCUUUGACAAUCCAUAUUCAUCCUUCACUGCCAAAGUCAUUGCGAUCAUAUCUCUGUUCUUCAUCCUGCUCUCUUUCACCGCAUUCUCUCUGCAAACAGAACCCAAUAGAUAUCUUUCCCCCUUUUACAUUUUACGGACAGGCAACUUAACUGGAAAGUGUAUGGGGAACCUUCUUGUAGAUUCUCUGGACGUGGUGGAGUUAGUGUGUUCGGUGUGGUUUGUGUUUGAGUUUGUGAUGCGUGUAGUCAGCUGUCCAAGCAAACCGCGCUUCUUCAUGAACGUUAUGAACAUCGUCGACCUGCUGGCCCUGUUCCCGUGGUUCUCGCGGUGCUGCUCCAGUAUGUACUGCUGGAAGGCGAUGAGCUUUCUGCAUGUAAUGCGAUGCAUACGUGUCUUUCGCAUCUUCAAGCUGAUGCAGCAUGUGUUUGGCGUGAGAGUGCUCAACCACGCACUUCGCGCCAGUGCAACAUCUCUCUACACGCUGCCUCUUGUGUUCUUAAUCUGCACGCUCAUCUUUGGUACCAUGUUUUUUUUAACAGAAUUUGAAAAUGAAGUUGCGUACUUCAGUGAUAUUUCCUCUUGUUUUUGGUGGGCAGUGGUCACUCUGACCACUGUGGGUUAUGGAGACGUGCUUCCUAUAUCAGGUCCAGGGAAGUUGGUAGGCUCUCUCUGUGCAAUGGUUGGGGUUCUGCUCAUCAUCCUGCCUCUACCCAUAAUCAUCAACAACUUCAUCAAGUUCAGCUCCCUGCUCAAGACAAAGUACUCAAUGCCCAGAAAGAAGGAGAAGCAUAUUGUAGAUACAGCCCCCUCAUCCUCUGCUUAGAGCUGCUAAAACUAAAAUAAAAACAGCAGGUAUCAAGGAAACAAUCAAGUUAUAUUCUAGGCCUAUGAUAUAUGUGACCCUAGAACACCAAACCAGUUUUAAGUUGCUGGGAUAUAUUUUUAUCAAUGGCAUUUUUUAUGCCAGAAAUCAUGUUCUAUGAAGAUAUUUUGUAAAUUCCCUACUGUUAAUAUAUCAAAACUUAAUUUUUAAUUAGUAAUAUGCAUUGCUAAGAAUUCAUCUAAACAACUUUAAAGAUGAUUUUUUUCAGUAUUUAGGUUUUCUUGCACCCUCAGAUUCCAGAUUUUCAAAUAGUUGUAUCUCAGCCAAAUAUUGUCUGAUCUUAACAAACCAUACAUCAAUGGAAAGCUUAUCUAUUAAUUUUAAUUAAUAUUAUCUAUCUAUUAUCACAGUCAGUUUUGAAAAAUUGACACUUAAGAUUAGUUUUGUGGUCACAUUUAUGUCUUUGACUGCAUUUUUUGUGUCUCUUACAGAAUAUGUGAUGGAUGAAAAUCAGUUUUAAACUGGAGGAAAAACACGUCAUUUAGAUUUUUUGGUUUUAAAGUUCAUUUUGAUCAACGUAACCAUGGUGUUAAAAUACAAUCAAAACAACAGAAAAAAAUUUUUUAGGGGUCAGGGAAAGUAAUAUUUAAAUAUUAACUGGAUUUGUAACCAUUAUUAACCCUAAACAAAUAAUCUGAAUAUUCACUGCAUUACAGUGAAAAUUUACAGAAAUAUAAUCACACUGUAUCUAUCACUGUGUAAUCACAUGUUUUAACAGUCUUGCGCAAGAUCUGGUGUUCCAAAAAAAAAAAAAUCCUCUUUAUCAGACAGGAAUCUGUGGGCCCAGUUGUCCCUUAGGAUUAGUGACUUAUAACAAAAAUGCGUGAAAGAUUUGAUCCAGGUGCAGAUAUUUGGAUGAAUGCAUUUUCAAUGAGAAUCUGACAUUUUGGCACCACAUUUGAACGGUUGUUUUUUAUACUCUAGACUUGUUUGUAUUUGAAUAUGUAUCUUUCAUACAAGAUCUGUUGCAGUUUAUAACUUGUUGGUGUUUUUGCAUGUGUACACUAAAUUGUAUUGUGUGUUUGUGCUUUUAUUAAAUCCAUUUCAACU